GACGUCACCAGUCGGUAGGCGGAAAAGCGGCAGUUUAUGUGUGUCUCGGUAUUUGGAGGGGGAAAAAAACAGCCAGACCGGGUGCCUUUAUUUUUUUUAUUUAGUAGAUUCAUACAGCAGGUUAGCUUUCUGUCUGCCUGUAAUGGCGGUUCCCGCGGGUCACACGGAUCUCCUGAGCGGACAGACGGUUGCUGACGACAUUGACAUCGACGAAAAAGAGUUGGAAAACAUCACAAAGAAGGACCGAGAAGACGAGGCGACGACGCUGCCUCUGCAUUCACCUUGGACAUUUUGGCUGGACAGGUCGUUACCAGGCACGACCGCUGCAGAAUGUGAAUCCAGUCUGAAGAAGAUCUACACCGUGCAAAGUGUUCAGAUGUUCUGGAGUGUUUACAACAACAUCCCUCCAGCCACAGCCCUGCCUCUGAGAUGUAGCUAUCACUUAAUGCGUGGAGAACGGAGGCCACUGUGGGAAGAAGAAAGCAACGCAAAAGGAGGAGUAUGGAAGAUGAAAAUACCAAAAGAAAGCACUUCUGCAGUUUGGAAAGAGUUGUUACUUGCUACUAUUGGGGAGCAGUUUGCAGAUUACUGUGCCUCAGACGACGAGGUCGUUGGUGUCAGUGUUAGCGUUCGGGAUCGAGAAGAUGUCAUACAAGUCUGGAACAACAACGCAUCGCUUGCCGGCGAAGCAAGUAUCUUGGGCAAAGUCUACGAGCUCCUCCCGCACAUAACUUUUAAAGCUGUUUUUUAUAAGUCUCACAUGGACCAUCAUGCCUUUGAAGGAGGACGCUCAAGACAUUAAAUCACCGUAAAGCACUUUUAAUUUCUUUUAUUAUUUUAACCUGAACUCUGUACCCGCCUUGACGUGAAGGCGCUGUCCACAACCUAAUCAUGGAUAUGGUUUUUGCAUUUAUAACUUUUAAUGACCGAUGCCUUGUUUCAUUUUGACGCGGCUCCUUAAGCUCCGAACUACAGAGAGCGUAUAUGUAUCCAGCAAAAACAAAUCCCAUCCGAACUGCACCGUCCACACUUUAUUGCUGGUAUGGAGGUAAAUUAGUGUGUUUUAACUGUUUGUAAGAUAUCUCGACUCAUAUCGGGUUUUAAUUUUCUGCCGUUUAAGGAAGUUUGUAUCCUGACGGGGUUUUUAACUCAGCUGGAGUUUGUCCUCUUCUGAGGACGGCGCGAAUGUCCCGUUUCUUGAGACUUACAUCAGCCGUACCAUCAAAUUGGUAUCAGGGGUAACACUUGGAACUAUUGCACACGACUACCGAUUCCAAUCACAGUGUCCCUGCGUUGUAAAGCCGUCGUAGGGCAUCAGGACAUACGCCAGCGCAGACGUGGCCCUCAGCUGCAGUAAGAGAGGAAGAGCCGUCCUGAAAGGUGCCUCUUUGAAUGUUCUCUGCCGCGCCGCAUUUGACGUUUCCUUUCGUGUUGAAAAGUAGACCCUCUGCUCCCCUGAGCGGGGGUCACGGAUUGUUUAGUGUAUUACUCUGAAGAGAUACUGCACAUUUUUUGAGCUCUGCAGUACUUGUCCGUACAUGUUUCACCCUACCGAUAUAUAACUGGACUGUUUCUUUCUUAUAACACACAGAGAAAAAGAAGGCAGCGUUGUUUCCUUUAAAGGAAGCUGCGUGAGGCCUCAUCACCAGCAUGAUGUGUGGAUAGAAUAUGUUGAAUUUUAUUGUUAAGAAAAAGUUCUAGUAGUCAUUGAGUCGAUUUCAUCUGCUGCUUCAAGGACAACAAGACACUUUAAACCAGAAGUUACACUGACUUCACCUAUUUGAGAAUGUCCAUAAUGAUAAAUAGCAUCAUUAUUAAUAGAGAAUAUUUUUCUAUCAGCUCGCUUUAUGACAGCAAAUCACCCCGACCAGGUUUCCUUCACUAACAGUCAUACUAUUGUAGUGUAGGCUCCAGGUAUUAUCAUGUCACACCACUUUAAUUGUUCAACUUUGAACUGGUUGAUUCGUGAUAAGAGACGAUAUUUCCAUUGUAAACAUGAUUUUUGCAGUGACACAGACAAAGUGAAUAAAAUGGAAAUUAAAAUAAAA